AUGCACCUCACUUGGGCCCAUCGACCAGCCACAGGCUAUGGCUUCAGCGGCAAGGCUGGGAGGGUGGUCAUUGACGACACAACGCAGUCUUGUUCUUGUGAUGCCAUUGCUGCUGCUGCAUCUGCAGGACGACGACGCUGCGCAGUCGCAAGCGCAAGUGCUGCCAAACCGGUGGCGGAAGUGGUCGGCCAGUUUUUUGUUGUCCUAUUCCAGUUUUUAUUGAGCCCGUGCGAGCGAGCUAUAACUGGCGAAAAUAUAGGUACGCCAAGGGCAGCGCACCAGAGAGAGAAGGCUUGGGCGCGGCUCUGUGUUCAGCAGCGUUGCACGGGGCAGGCCGGAUGGGCAUCAAGAACGGCUGCCAUGAGAGAUUUUCGAAGCAGCAGCGGACGGACCGCGAUGAUCACUACUCGAGGGGGGCAAACUGCGAGUCUGUGUCUCGAGAGCCUGGUGGUGGGGGUUGUGGGCUGCAAGCGAGGAAUCAAGGUUUUUGCGCGCCGUCCAAGUGGGCUGCGGCCUAGGCCGGAUUGCGCCAGCUACUCCGCGGCGGAUGCUCGUCCGACAGGCCCGAGGAAGGUUCAAGGAGCAAAAGGGCAUUUCGUGAGCAGUGUAAGCCGUGAGCCGUGGGCCGUGGGCAAGGGGUGGUGGUGGUGGGUUGUGGUGGCAGAAGCAGGAGAAGCAGCAGAAGCAGCAGCAGCAGCAGCAGAAGCAGGAGAAGCAGCAGAAGCAGCAGCAGCAGCAGCAGAAGCAGCAGCAGCAGCAGAAGCAGAAGCAGGAGAAGCAGCAGAAGCAGCAGCAGCAGCAGCAGCAGAAGCAAGCAGCAGUAGCAUGUGGAUGGGCUGA